CUUCUUCGAGGUUCGCGGAACUCAUCUCCGGCUUCUCCGACGCCUUGUUUUUCACGCCGUCCCACGCAUGUCCUCGUACUAGUAUCCAUCGAGGGAGAUCUUUAGAUCUUUAUCGGUACAUAAGUUGUUGCCAAGGUAACAUCCAACCAAGAAGAUGGUCCUCACCAACAGUCAGUUUGCGCUACUCUCACUCGCCCUAGUCGGCAUUGUCGACUCUGUGAGUUACAUGGUGGUGACACCUUCCUUGAUCUUUUACAUCGAGCAAGCUCAUGGGUCAAAUAAGCAGUACGGUAUCAUUCUCAGUGCCUUUUCCUUUGCGAGUUUCUGUGCCAAGCCGGUGCUUGGUAUUUGGGUGGAUUCGGCGGGAAACAAGUUUCGACUUCCUUAUUUGACAUCCAUUGUCUUGGCAUCUUUGGGCGGGUUCCUCUACUUUUAUGCCAGUGCCUUUGCCGAUAAUACCAGUACGGCCAUUGGCAUGAUUUUGGCUGGCCGUAUCUUGGGUGGAUUUGGAGCUGCCAAUAAUGCAUUGGGAUUUGCCUAUGUGGCCAGUGUUAUCCCUUCCAAAGAUCAGACCAAAAUGAACAAUCUACUGUCCAUGAUGCGCAUCGUGGGUAUGGCUGCUGGACCUGGAUUCAACUUGCUUUUGAAAGAUAUCAACACCACAGUGACAAUAGGAGGCAGAACUAUCGUAGUGGAUUCUUUGAAUUCUGUGGGACUCUUUUUGGUUGCUUCCAACAUUAUGGGAUUUUUGUUCAUCUUCUUCCUACUCAAAGAACCAGGGAAAAAAUUGCACAAGAAACACUCGUCCAUGAAUGCGGCUGGAGAGGUUGUCGAGGAGGACUACACGGAAGAAGAAACAAGCCAGUGGGCGUUUAUCAAGGGAAUCUGCACUGUUGAAAUCCUCUUGCCUCUGUUUACUAUUUUUGUAUUCAAUUCCAAUUUUCAACUCAUUGAAACUGGAUUUGCUCCUGCUGCGUACCAUGCUUUGGGAUGGGGGCCUGUGCAAACAUCUGCUGUCUUGGGUUCCACAUCUAUUGUCAUCUUUGUCAACAUGGUAAUAGUAGGAAUCCUGUCUGACAGAGGCGUCCGCGAUGAGAUCAUGGUCAUGAUUGGGAGUUCCAGUUGGAUCUUUGGAGGAACCAUGCUGUAUUUUAUGUGGGUUGCCAAUACUGAAGCUUGGAAGUUUGUCUUGCCCGUGGUUGUUUCCAUUUGUGGGUUUCCUUUCAUUGCUGCUUCCAAUCGAUCAUUGUUUACACGCCGGGUUGAUGCUCAUCCUGCUUUGGAAGUGCGCCAUGCCUUCAUGCAAGCCCUACUGAGUAUGUUUGCCAGCGUGGCAGGGUUUUUGACUCCAAGCUUUGUGGCUACUUUUGUCCUUCGUGAAUCAGAGGAAGUAGAAAACAGUCAGUUUCAUCGGGAGUUGAAUCCGUUGGCCCUGUACAUUGUCAUUGGCCCCAUACUAACUGUCCUGGGAGUUAUCUAUGUGUCUGUAUUCAAACCCCUGGAAAUCGAGGUCUUCGAAGACGAGUACAAUGUAACAGGCACCGAAGAAGAGGCCGGCGAAAGAACGAGUCUCGUUCCCAAAGGACGCGCAAGUGUUGCUGGAAGGUCAUCAUCAAAGGUUUUGACUCAAAAAGUUGAUCAAUUCACCGAAGCCAAUCGACGCAUGUCUGUCCAGGUGAUGGGCAUUCCACAAUUCGAUCAUGCCAAUGAAGACAAGCGGCGAUCCAGUGUCUUUGCACAGCUUACAAUUAGUCAACCAGAAGAGGGAGUUGAAGUUGCCUACAACCCUUACGAUUGAGCGGCAGAUACAGAAGCCAGAACCAGUGCCGGCUUCUAAAGAUAACUACCCUGCUCUAAACCAACCCAUUU